AUGGUGUUACAUCAAGACUUUAAAAAUUUCACGAAGAGAAAAAUUUGUACAGAUUUAAAUAUAGAUGUUACCAAUUCAAUUCUAUUAUAUGGCCCUUCUGGAACAGGGAAAUCAAAUGCCAUUGUUCAGCAUUUAUUUACACUUACAAUUGGUGAUUUGGCCGCUGAAUUUCCUGCUGAACCAGAAAAAGGAUUAAGGCAUUAUUUUAACCUUGCUUAUAAAAAUCAACCAAGCGUGUGUUGGAACUUCGACGAACCAUUCACGGAUCAAUCCUAUUAUCCGAACAAUAUUUCAAGUAAAUCAGAUGAAAUUGAAUUUAAUAUUCCAAAACCUAUUCAAAGAUUAGAAAUUUUAAAAUAUUGUGUCAUGGACUUAAAUCUUGAGAACGAUGUAAAUUUAAAAGAAAUCAAUGAUCGAUGUCAUGGAUAUAUAGCAGCUGAUGUUGCAGCGUUAUGUAGAAUGGCUUUAGAACAGUGUGAUAUUAGAAGCAUUCAACAAACAGCCGAACCCGGAAACUUGUUGAUUUCAAAUGAAGAUUUUCAAAAAGGUUUUCAAAAGAUUAGAAUAAGCAGUUUACAAGAGAAAGCCAGUGUAGAAAAAGUGGAAUCUGUUAAAUGGAGUGAUAUUGGUGGUUUAGAUGAUGUUAAAAAAAUGCUGGAGGAAUCUGUUAUAUGGAUAUAUAAACAUGCUGAUGCAUUACAACGUCUCGGAAUUAAAGCGACAAAAGGCGUUCUUUUAUAUGGACCACCAGGAACCGGAAAGACUUUAUUGGCAAAAGCAGUUGCGACGGAAUCAUCAGCUCAUUUCAUGCCAGUAUCGAUACCAGAAUUAAUCAAGUGUGAGGUAGGCGAAUCAGAAAAGGCCAUCGCAAAUAUUUUUCGAAUCGCGAUCCAGUGUAGUCCUUGUAUCAUUUUUUUGGAUGAAUUGGAGGCUAUAUUCGGUAAUAGGGAUUCAAGUGGUUUUUUGGGCAAAAAGUUAGUUUCGCAACUUUUACUAGAAUUAGAUGGAUUGAAUGCUGUAGAUCAAGGAGUUGUGAUCCUUGCUGCAACUAAUAAUCCAGAAGUUAUCGAUGCUUCUCUUUUAAGACCAGGUCGCCUUGAUAAACAUGUUUAUAUUAAACCUCCAACUCCUGAAGAAAGAGUGUCUAUCCUUAAAGUAAUAGGGAACAGAAUGAAUUUUGCUCAAGAUAUGAAUCUUGAAGAAAUUGCUCUAAAAACUGAACAUUAUACUGGAGCUGAUUUAAAAGCGUUAAUACAAAAGGCUGCUUUUUUAGCAUUUAAAAGGUAUCGUCAUAAUAAAUCAAUAACAGAGAAAAAUAUUUGUCACGACGAUGUGUUAGAAGCAAUCGAGCAAAUUAAAUGUUCGGUUUCUAUUGAUCAACUUGAACAAUAUCAAAGGUUUUCUAAAACCUUGAAAUAA